UAUGACCGCAACUCAACCUGACACAAUAUUGCUAUUCCUUUGAAUUAUGUAAAUCAGCUGGUUUACUAUAGAAAAAAGUACAUUUAUAAUUUACUGCAAUGAAAACAGAAAUGUAGCUAUGACAAAUGCUAGUUUUAUAUACGUGCGUCACACAUAUGAAUUGUUCUGACUUCAUUUCCUCCAGUCACAUCAUAAACGUUUCCUUUGAAAAGACAUGGCCAAGAGCGAUGGUGGAAAUUACUGGCAGUAUCUCUCACAUACGUGUACAGUGACUCACACAGCGACAGGUGCGUCAGUCGGGCAGGUACCCGGAAGAAGAGAGAAAAUAAACUGGAGCUUGUUCGAGUUACAGAGUGUGAACCCUUACUGAGACUAAUUCCAGCCCAGCUGUAGCCAUGGACCAGAGGAGCCUACAGGAAGAGUUCAAGGAUCAGUUUACAGAGGUGGUGUCCAGACUGCAGUCUAAACAGCUGUUCCAGUCUGACUGGGACAUCGCCUCCUUCGCUGUCUUCUUCAUCUUCAUCGGCAUGGUUCUGCUGCUUGUUGUCUUGGUUCUGAUCCGCUGCUGUUGCUGCUGCUGCUGUGAUGAACAGCCGAGAAGACACAAAGUGGGUCAUGAAAACUUUGGAAUGGAGACCUGAAAGGAACUUGGAACAGAAUAGAAGAUUCCACAAUGACGACACUUAAAUUGAUUAGUCCUUUUUAUAAUAAUUUUAUUCAUAUUUUUUUCGAUGCACUUUCAAAUUUGCACUUUUAAUCUGUGUGCCAAACCAAGAGUUGUAUAACUUGUUUUCAUUCUGGUUCCAUCUAUUUACUUUGACUGUUGGAAAAUGUUGUGGUAACCCGGUUUAGCUGCCGUCUAAUGGUGGAACGUCAUUGGAGGUCAUAUGAAUCAGUUUGUUUACUUGUUCCCUGCACGGCUAGCGGUUGUUGCUAGGACGCCAGAUAGGAGAAAACAGUCACAACCAGAAGAUUAAAGGGCUUUCACUAACAGUUCAUGAAAAACUAGGCACCAACUCUAUGUAGUGGAAUCAACGAGUUCAAAGUUUUGUACUUUGUUUAACGUGUACUUAAGAAGUUAAGAGUAUGUAAUGAGGAACGAUAGAUAAUGUAGUAGUAUUGAUUCAAUGACUUUAAUGUAGUUAAUUAUAUUAACAAUAUAAUUCAAUGUUGAAACAUGUACAUUGUAUCAUUCCAAUAUACUCAUUCCAAUGAUUAAAUAAUAUUUUGUAUUGAA